ACAGUGCUGCUACUAGUUUAAAGCCAAAAACAGUAAUUAAAGCCAUUAACGACUAUAAUCAAAAUUAUUCCAUUAAUUCGCACAGCGAAAACAGCAGCCCUUUGUUUAAAAAAAGCAGAGAAGAAGAAAUUGUUUUUUUGCCUUCUACCACUUAUGCUCUUAAUAUUUUAGCCUUAUCUUUGAAAUGUAAUUUACAAGCCGGAGACCGAAUUUGUUUGACUCAUCUCGAACAUAGUGCUAACCUUCACCCUUGGCAAGCCCUCGCCCAAAAGGAAGGAGUUAUUGUUGAUUAUUUGCCUUUGAAUAAGGAAUUUACAAUUGAUAUUGAUAAGUUAAAUAAACAUAUUAAUAAGCAAACUAAAAUCGUUAGUUUCGUUCAAGUCAGCAAUAGUUUAGGAGUAAUUAAUCCUGUAAUGGAAAUUACUAAAAAAAUUAAAGAAAUUAAUCCUAAAUGUUUAGUGAUUAUAGAUGCUUGUCAGAGGAGUGGAAAAAAAAUUGGACCAGCAGAAAAAGAUGUUGAAUUAAACUUGCCUCUCUCCCAAAAAUUUGAAGUAGGAACUUUACCCUUGGCGGAAAUCUUUGGUUUAAAAGCCGCAUUUGAAUUUUUAGAUAAUUUUACCGCCUCCGAAAUUUAUGAAUACGAAAAUAAUCUGCGUCACUAUACACUCCAAAAGUUAAAAACAAUAAAAAACCUAGUUAUUUAUAACCAAAACUUAGUAUCAGCUAAUAUUAUUACCUUUAAUUUACCGCCUUAUCACGCUCAUGAUAUUGCUGAUUAUUUGGGAAAAAACAAUAUUUAUGUGCGAGCCGGAAACUUUUGUUGUCCUUAUUUAGAUAAGUUAAUUGGUACUAAUUCGGCUUUACGGAUUUCUUUUGGAAUAUAUAAUGAUUACAAUGAUAUUGAUAAGUUAAUUUUUCACUUACAAAAAAUUAUUCAAAAUCCACAAGUUUUAUUGCCUUUUUAA